AAAAGUUGAAGCGGAAGAAAGGAGCCGAGACCCCCAGACAACCUCUGAUCGGCACCACUUCCACAGUAAAGUUUGGCGGUGCGCUGCUGUCGCCUACAAGCCGCUGUCCUCGGCCACAAACUACACCCCGAGUAAAUUACAGCCAGGCGUUGCUUUGAAAACGACCAAGAGUGGCCAGGAUAAGAACGGGGAGAUCUGGUUGACAGCAGAGGCGGAUUUUCAGCAACUUCUGAGACGUUUUUAGCGUCCCUUAUUAAAACGCCGCUUACACUGGCUGUGACUGACAUGGGUGCCAGCAUUCGGGAGAUUCUCACCCGGUCCCGCACCCUUCGUACUCCAGCUGACUCUACAUCUGUUCCAAUGUUGACAUCCUGAGCAUCUCCCGUCGCUGGCACUCUGCACUUUGUCCGCUGGCUGCAACUUGGCGUUUGAACCGUUUCCCGACUCCCCGCGAUGGAACGAUCUCCGGGCCCCUUUGUUCGAAAGGUCUCACAUUCGUCCUCCAGGUUCCCUGUGCUCGAUUCAUUUUGACCCAAAACACUCCCGUCCUAUGCCACACUCCCACAUUAAAACCGUUUCUUAAUAUCGUUCAACGGAUCCCAACGCUCUUUCCAUCGAGCUUCGUCCACCUUCAUAGCUUACGCUUCAUCUCCCAUGUCUUCAAAUGGUCUCCAACGCCUGCUCCUCGCAAACUAACUACUGUAUUGCUUCAACACGUACAAAAGCUGGAUAAACUCGGCAGGUUGGGCAGCAUCCGUUGAAAUGAGAUGCUGCCCGACCUGCUGAGUUCAUCCAGUUUUUGUACGUGUUGAUUUGACCACAGCAUCUGCAGUGUACUUUGUGUUUACUGUAUUGCUUCCUCGUUCAUCCCAAUUGCAUUGCAUUUCCUUGCCUCAUGUGAUUGCGCCCUCUCCCGUGUCAGUAUUGAGGUGAAUGACGUUAUCUACUCUGCUUCAGAUGUCUGACGGUUGAAGGGUAAUAACUGUCCUUAAACUUGCUGGUGUGGGACCUCAGGCUCCUGUACAUCCUUCCCAAUGGCAGCAAGCCAGAAGAGAACACGGCCUGGACAGUGGGUUCCUUGAUGCUGGAUGCUUUCUUGUGGUAUUGCUGCUUGUAGAUGUGCACAAUGGUGGGGAGGGCUUUGCCUAUGAAGGACUGGCCUGUAUCCACCACUUUCUGUAACCCUUUCCAUUCUUGGGCAUUGGUACUUUCAUACCAGGCUGUUAUAAUCUGGUGACAUCACAAAGAGCCUCCUGUCCUCUCCCUCUCUGGCCCACACUCCAUUGUUCAUGGUGCCCCUCUCACUGUGCCUCACAAAUAUAUCAUGAACUCAUUCUCAUAUCCUUUGUGCUUCUAAGGAUCACAGUAAGCUUUCCCCUUCGUGUCACAAUUUCCCACUUACUGCCCUUGCACUUCCUAGCCUACUAGGACAGUAAAGUAUUCCUACAAUGUAUUCUCAAGUAUGAAAGGAAAGUAGGCAGUUUAAUCUUGCAUAAUUAUGGACAAAACUUUUUGUAUGCCUUUCAGAUUUGCACUGUAGUUAGAAAUCACUCCCUCAGUGCUAAUCAACAAGCUUCAAAGCCUGGGCUUCUGUACUUCCCUCUGCAACUGGAUUCUUGACUUCCUCAUCGGAAGACCACAGUCAUGUGAGAAAUAACAUCUGCUCCUCGCUGACAAUCAACACAGGCGCAGCUCAAGGUUGUGUGCUUAGCCGACUGCUCUUUACUCUCUACGCCCACGAAUGUGUGGCUAGGCACAGUUCAAAUGCCAUCUAUAAAUCUGCCAAUGACUCAGCUGUUGUUGGUAGAAUCUCAGAUGGUGACAAAGAUGCGAGCAGGGGUGGGUUAGAUCACUUGGUUGAGUUCUGUUGCAACAACAACCUUGUACUCAACAUCAGUGAGACCAAGAAAUUGAUUGUGGACUUCAGAAGAAUACACACCAGUCCUCGCUGAGGGGUUAGCAGAGAAAAGGGUGGGCAGUUUCAAGUUUCUGGGUGUCAACAUCCUUGAUGAUUUAUCCUAGACCAAACAUAUUGAAGAAGGCACACCAGCAGAUAUAUUCCAUUAGGAGACAAAAUUCAAUCUGUCAUCAAAGCCUAGCAAACUGCUACAGAUGAAGAAGAUUCUGGCUUGUGGCACCACAGACUGUCAUGUAAGGGCCAAAACACAGGAUGGAAAAAAGCUGCAGAAGGUUGUAAACCCAGCCACCUCCAUUAUGGGCACUAGCCUCCCCAUCAUCUAAGACAUCUUCAAAUGGCAAUGCCUCAAAAAGAAGGCGUCUAUCACAAAGGACCCCCACCACCCAGGACAUACCCUUUUCUCAUUACUACCAUCAGGGAGGACGUGAAGGAGCCUGAAGUCCAACACUCAGCAUUUUAGGAACAACUUCUAUCCCUCUGCCAUCAGAUUUCUGAAUAGCCCAUGACCAUACCUCAAUAUUUAGCUCUGGUUUUGUAUUAUUUAUUUAUUAUAUUUUUGUAAUUUAUAAAGCAUUGUUAUAUAUGUUGCACUGCACUACUGAUGCAAAACAAUAUUUUGCAACGUGUGUCAGUGACAAUAAAGCUGAUUCUGUUAAUGAAUUGGUUAAAGUUACUCGUUGCCAGGAUGCUUUAGGAUUUCAUCUGACAGGGUAUAUUUUAGCUGACUACGCUGUUCACUUUCUGUUGAUGUGCAGGAUGUGGAAUGCAGGAUAUACGGGUCAUGCCUUUUGAGUUCCUUUUAUUGCCACAUUGAAAAAUAAGAUAGCCAAUUUUGUCUUGAAGAAAUAGGAAGUGCAACAAUAGGGCCGGAAGGGGACGCCAUUUAUCCCAUUAUAUUCAGCAAGUUGCAUCUCCAUCUGGUAUGGGACCAAUGGAGCAUUGGAUCAGAAGUGUCUACAAAGGACUGUGAGUGAUUUAUUUUGGUUUAAAUUAUGAACCAAUGUCAUCAUCCUUGAUCUUCACUCGCACUCAAAACUGCACUGCAGAUAAUAACUCUUCCUCAGCUGUAGAAACGAGAACGUUUGUGGUGAGGUUGGUGUUGCUGUGGGGACGCAGAGAGCGCUCGGAUCUGGUCCGCCCUGGAAAUGGAGUCCGCCGGUGGCUCGAUUGAUAUUGUUAGUGCUCGCAGCCCGGAAAAGAGCUCCGACCCCCUGUGACCGAGGCCUUCGGAUAGACGAGAGAAGCCGAAAGGAACCAGGUGCAGCUGGUGACGGCUCGGCCAGUGGAGCUACAGCCCUCCCGGCAGGCCAAGACUUGCGGACAACCGCAGGGUUCACACAGUGGCGUACUCGACGGCCUAACAACCGGCCCAUGGGGACUCGGCCGGAGGAUCGGCUGCACUGUUACAGUGGCUGACUGUCCUCAAACGUUGCCCGCAGGCAAAAGUUCAAAACUCCUCCGUGUACGUGUAUCAAAAAAAUGCCACAGGUAAAUGAAGAAAGUGAGAGGUUACGGCCAACCAAGGAGGGCUUUAUUCCACCAGACGACAAACAGCAGCUUUGUAACAAGACGGGAAACCAGCAAAGAUGGACAUAGAAGAAUUUACACAAAACCCAACUUUGAAGGCGCUAGAGGAGGCCACAAAGACGGACUUGUCUGUGAGGACUGUCAAGAGUUCUUUGAGGAGAGCUGCCCAGUGCAUGGUUUGCCGCCUUUUAUAAGAGAUACUCCAGUGGAGCUUGGAUUACCCUGCCGAGCCUUCUACACACUUCCUACUGGUUUGGCAGCAGGACCUUCCCAGACUCAGGAAAAUCAGCUGGGCAUUUGGUGCGUUUCUAAGGCACUUCCCAGAGGAAUAUUCUUUGGACCUCUAGAAGGAAAACUGCUAUGUUACGAUGUGGUUGGAAAAACAUCUUUAAUUUCAAAGGAGCUUGAAGACAGUGGUGAAAAAGCAGGAGAAACUCAGGUCAACCAGUCACUCUCAAAUUGGAUGAGAUAUGCAAACAAGGCAAGAACAAAAGAAGAGAGCAAUGCAAUCAUUUUCCAGUUUUAUGGAAAGAUCUACUACCGGGUUUGUAAAAAUAUUGAACUGGGCCAGGAGCUUCUCUUGUGGCCUGAGGAGAAUCUUGUUCAAUCAGCACAGGGACUAAGUAAUACACAGAAGGACAAUGAUGUUGUCAAUACUUGCACAGAUGUAUUGGAUGAAGAGCUUGAGGACAGAAUACUGACAGAUGGUGCUAAAAAGUCAGCUGAGGUACCUCCGUCUGGGCAACUGUGCACCAAGCUAAAUGUUGCAGUAAAGGACAUGGAGUGUAAGGACGUGGUGAAAGUAGAUCAGCCUGUUAAAAGGUCACAGCGGCUUCAAAUCAAACAUGAAAUUCAGAACAAACUGUCAAAGAAGAAAGUGAAUUGGUUUGCCUUGAAGAAACUCAAAUCAAAAUUAACUGAGGAGGCAGUGCUGCCAGUUAGUUCCUCCAAACAGAAUGACAAGAGGCAGGUUGAUCCUGGGGUUGCCAAAAAGCCACAAAAUUCCAGUAACAUUAAGGCUAAAAAGCUGAAGAAAAAUAAUCAGUUUGGACUAGGUGAGAGGACUUUGCGAUCAUUAAUAUGCAACAAGACUCUUAGAAGUCCUCCAGUUGGAAGAGCUCGAAUGAUACACACUGGACUCGAUUCAGACAGACUGAAAGUGCAGGUAACACAAGAGAACAUACUGAAAAAGAGGAGGAAAACAAAGUUAAGACACAAUCAGAAGAGGAAUGUUGACAGUCUAGAUGAAUGCUGUGAACAAAAUACAGAGACCAAGUCAACUGACAACUCUGGGGAAGCAAAAUCAGGUGGAGAUUUGCCCUUGUGUAAUAUGAAGGGGGACGGGCAAAAACCUCCAGUAGAAAAUGGAGAUCAUGUUCAAGCAAAGGAUAAUCUCACACCUCAGAACAAGUCGGGAGAAAGUAAGAAGUUUUGUCGGCGUAACAGUUCCCAGAUUGACCCCAGUGAGAGGAGGUACCAGUGUGAUGACUGUGGGAAAGGUUUCAUUCAGUUAUGUCACCUGAAGAAACAUCGUUUCACGCACACAGGGUACAAACCAUACAUGUGCAAUGAAUGUGGGAAGCGCUAUAGCUCUGAGGAGAGUUUUAAAGCCCAUCAGAUGCUGCACAGAGGAGAGCGUCCAUUCAAAUGUCAGCAAUGCGAUAAGGCCUACGCAUUGAAACGAGAUCUUCGAGAGCAUGAGCGGGUUCACUCAGGGGAACGUCCAUUUGUAUGCAACGAGUGUGGAAAGGCGUUCGCCAGGCCACCGUCACUCCGGAUUCACAAGAAGCUCCAUCGCCUUAAGGCCAUGAACAUUGGCAACCCACGGGCAUGUCGCUGUAGCGUGUGUGACAAAGAGCUGGCCAAUCCCGGCUCACUGAAGAACCACAUGAGGCUACAUACGGGCGAAAAGCCAUUUACUUGCACGUACUGCGGCAAAGCCUUCAGGCAGAUUGGCAACCUCCGCGGGCAUCAGCGCAUCCACACUGGGGAGAAACCAUACAAGUGUGACGACUGUGGUGAGUUCUUCUCACAGCUGCCUGAACUGCGCAGGCACCGCAUUUCACACACCGGGCAGGUCUACCUCUGCACGAUAUGUGGCAAAACAUUGAGGGACCCGCAUACCUUCAGGGCUCAUGAGCGCCUGCAUACAGGUGAACGACCCUUUAAAUGCGAUCAGUGUGGUAAGGCUUAUACCCUUGCAACUAAGCUCCGGAGGCAUCAGAGAAUCCACUUGACUGAAAAGCCGUUUAAAUGUGACAUCUGUGGCAAAGGGUACACAAUGACUCAGAGCUUAAAGAGGCACAGGCUGUCUCACAAGAAAAGUGAAGCACGAAGUGUAGGGGAGGUCGCAGAAGCCAUCGCCUCUUUGGAGAAAGAAAGCUCUGAAAGCAAACCUCUUGCAGAAAUACCGAAACAAAUGAGAAAAGUGGGUUUAAAGACAGCUGGUCAAGAGAGCAACAGCCCUCUUAGAAAUGAAAGUGUUGUUUUCAACCUUUAUGUGCACACCAUUGAAAUGGUAGAAAUCCCAGAUGGGGAACACGAGGAGAGUGAAAUGGCAGGUACUGAAGCUGAGAGUGCAAGUGAACAGAGUAUUACAUUCCAGCAGGUGGAGCGCAGUUCAACUCCGGAGUCCGGAGCAGCGGUCAAAGACAAUUUGCAGGAUGUGUUCACUCAGGCGGGAAGUCAACGACGUGGGAAUGGUGAUAUCAUAGAAAUAAUUAUAGCAGACUCUGAAGAUUACACUGAUGAAGUCACUUCCAGAAAUUGUGCUGCAAUAGAGCAAGAGAAAUUGGCCAACAAUGCUGUUGUUAUUGAAGAGGACAAUGGGUUUAAUAUUGUAGCUGAGAUAGUAGAAAUAUCAACUGGAAGUUGAGCUCCAUUAACAAUGCCUUUAUUAACACGUUCAACUUUGUACAUGAAACUGAAGCAGUUACAUUUUAGAUCGUGCCUGACACAAAUUAAUCUAUAGUACAAGUGAUUUGACUGCCGUUGAUUGUAAAGACUUACGGCAGCAGCAUCCUUGCACUCAAACCCCACACAUUUCUUUGUAAGUGCAUUAUAUAAAUCAUUAUAGGUUUUUAUAGUGCCAGAAUUACUUGAUGAAGUGCGUGAGCAAUGGCUGUCGGACUAACUCCAAUGCUGCGAAGAUUUCAAUACAAAACUAAUUAAUUUUGCAGCUGAAGGACAAAAGCUGUUGAACCACUUGCCUCUGGUCAUUUUUGUUAAUGUUGCAAUAUGCACUAAGCUAACAUUUCCUGGUUAUGACAUUUAGUGUCUCUGUCUAAACAUGCAAGAUAAAUUAAAAUUAUUAAUCCUUGCAUUAAAAAUAUCAAUGAUAAUAAUCAAAGACACUCUGCUUGGGGGGGUGAAGAGGAAUAUAUUGAUUUCAUGCAAUCCUUAAUUAAUGUUAAAAAACUCAUAAUGUAUAUUUGUUGAAAGUAACAGUUGAAAUAACGUCAAAGCAUGUCUCAGGGUUUGAGUGCUAAUGAUUUCCCAACACUGGGUUAGUAAUCCAGAGGUUUUGACCAACAGCAUAGAGAACAUGGGUUCAAAUGCCAGGUUAAGAAUCUGAAUUCAUUUCAAACCUUCUGGAAGUAAAAGAAAACACUGCUGUCAAUAAAAAUUAUUACA